AUGACGAUGAUGCUGCCCCUCGGUUUCCUCCUUGGCGCCCAGCUGCUGGACGUGGAGGAGUUGGAGAAGCUCAUUUCACUCUCGGAGAAGGCGGGCGACCAGGUCGCAGUCGAGAAGUACAAGCAGCAGCUGGCAGAUCAUGAACAAUCUCAGGCGCCUACCCCAGUGCAGCAGAGGGCCUCCACGGCUCACUCGCGGGUGGUGGCCUUGGAAGAUCGGCUACAGCAGAAGACGGAUAAGCUCGAGGAGUUGCUGGGCAUGGUCUCUAGGCAAAAGGCUAGAGUCAUCGAAGUGCAGCAAGAACUCGACAAGGCGGACAAAUAUUACUGUGAUAUUGUUGCUGAGUUGGCGGGCGGCAUUGUGCAACCGAAAGCUCCCACCACCGCCAAGAUAUGCCGCUCGCGCCUGGUCAACAGCGAGAUCAAGCCUGAGGAGCUUUUCGACACCGCCGCUUUCUUUGACGUGCACGGGUACGAGGCUACGGACGACGAUAAGGCAGAGAUUGGUCGGUGCAUGGGUACUAUGCAGGAGGCUCUUCAGAAGUGUGCAAAAGAGUUAUUAUCUGGGGCACUUGCUAGUGUCGAGAACAUCAAGAAGGAACACGCCGACCACAUCAGCAGGAUGGGCAAGAAGCGGAAGACUG